GGGACCGUUCCUCUUCCCGUCUAUUGUAAACUGUACAAUCAUUUCUAACAAGCUUAAGGUAAUAGUCAUAUCCGUGCACGAUGGCGGGUAUGGACGGAUUCGGUUUUUACGCUCACACCGGAAACGGGAGUAGUUCCGAGACUCCGGUUGUGAACGUUUCGGCUGGAUUGGGUGGCUCUGUUGGGCAGACCACUUCGAUCAACGUUCCCUUUGGAUCAAGUGCGGCCAUGGGGUCCACUCCGUUCACCUCAGUUAUUGGACCAACCGCGGCUACGGCCGCAAUGGUCACCCCACUCGGACCGAAUAUGGCUUCGGCCAUACCGGUCAUUCCCUCACUUGGACCGAACACGGGUGUCUUCACAUCCGCGCCGGUCGGACAUCCUACUGUCAUGCUGCCUGCAAACUCUGUCAAAGAACCGGCAAAGUUCACAGGUGUUGGCUUCAAAAUAUGGCAGCAAAGGAUGUUAUUUUGGCUGACCACCCUCAACCUUGCGAGGUACUUGAGGGAGGAUCCUCCUGUUGUGGGGGAGAAUGCGGACGAGCCAACAAUUCAGGCUAAAGAGGCAUGGAUAGCGAAUAACUAUAUGUGCCUUAACCUUAUCCUGAAUUGCUUGAGCGAUGCCUUAUAUGCUGUUUAUAGCAUGGCUGCAUCCGCAAAGGAGUUAUGGGCUACACUGUCCAACAAAUACCAGGCUGAGGACGCCGGUGCGAAGAAAUUCGUUGUCAGUAAGGUCUUGGAUUUUAAGAUGGUGGAUUCCAAACCCGUGGUCAGUCAAGCUGAAGAAUUGAUUCUCAUUUUUAAUGAGUGCACUGAUGAGGGAAUGGGAGUCAGUGAGGCAUUCCAAGUGGCGGCAAUUAUUCAUGUGCUCCCGCCGACUUGGGAUGAGUUCCGGAGCUAUCUUAAGCUCAAACGGAAAGAGAUGACUUUAGAACAGUUACUUGUUCGUCUCCGGAUCCGUGAGGAGGGUCUCAUUCGCGAGAAGAAAGUAGCUGCUGCUAAGGCCAAUGUGGUGGAGCAUCCACCCAAAGAGGGUUCUUCCAAAGGGCCCAAGCCAAAUAAGGACAAGAAGAAAAUUGGUCCUAAAGGAGGCGUCGCGGAGACUAAGUUCGCUGGGAAAUGCUACAACUGUGGUAUUACGGGCCACCGUUCUUCAGAGUGCCGAAAGAAGCCUCAGAAGAAGAAGCAGAAGAAGGAAGAAGCUCUCUGCUCGGAGCUAGAUGCUAUGGAUCUUUGUGCGGUCGUGACAGAGGUCAACCUGCAUCUGCCUGCAAUGGAGACUGCGGUGGUGCGCAACCGCCUAGCACCGUCGCAUAUGUUGCUUCCGCUCAGUGACUGUAGAGGAGCCACGUUCUCUAGAACUGCACAUGCGAAAACAUCUUCCAUCAGCGCUACACGAUCGAUUCAUUCCCAAUUCCAGAUCCAUCCACAAAAGAGACUCCACACCGGACUCAGCAUCGAUUUGGGGCUUUCUUCGAGUGCUUCACUCCAUUCCAAUAUCUCAUCUCCAUCUUCCUGUGGCUGCACCGUGUUGUUUUCCAGGCACGAGGAAGGAGCAAUUGGUAGCAAUGGAAUAACUAGGGAAUGGGCUAUGCAAGAUUUCUAUGCUUUAAGAAAAGAUGUUGAGCUGACCUCACAUCGUGUUGAAGAAAUUAGGGCAUCUGUGGGGCUGCAGCAACGUGAAGAAGACAUUGCAGCUCUAGAAGCUGCAGCGGCAGAUAGCUCUCUCUGGGACGAUCCUGCCAGAGCUCAACAGACGCUUCAGGCUCUGACUGAUGCCAAAGAGAAAUUGAAACUUCUUGAUGGUUUCAUGACACAGGUUGGUGAUGCAGAAAUGAUAGUUAAGCUUACUGAGGAGAUGGAAUCCAUUGAUACAAGUCUUCUUGAUGAAGCUGUUGGCAUUCUUAAGGAAUUGAACAAAGCAUUGGAUAAAUUUGAGUUGACUCAGCUUCUCUCCGGUCCUUAUGAUAAAGAAGGUGCUGUUGUUACAGUUACAGCUGGUGCAGGGGGCACUGAUGCACAGGAUUGGGCCGAGAUGCUUCUCAGAAUGUAUGUGAGAUGGGGAGAGAAGCAACGCUACAAAACAAAAGUAGUCGAGCAAUCACCUGGGGAGGAGGCUGGGAUUAAGUCAGCCACUAUCGAAUUUGAGGGUCGAUAUGCAUAUGGUUAUUUGUCUGGAGAGAAAGGAACCCACCGUAUUGUGCGACAAUCCCCUUUCAAUGCUAAAGGCCUACGCCAGACAAGCUUCUCCGGUGUUGAGGUCAUGCCUCUUCUCCCUGAGGACUUAAGAGAUGUUGAAAUACCAGCCGAAGACUUGGAAAUCAGUUUCACUAGAGCAGGUGGGAAAGGAGGUCAAAAUGUUAACAAGGUUGAAACAGCCGUACGCAUCACACAUCUCCCCACUGGUGUAGCUGUCCGCUGUACAGAGGAGAGAACGCAGCUAGCAAACAAGAUAAAGGCAAUGAGCCGAUUGAAAGCGAAGCUGUUAGUGAUAGCGGAGGAACAAAGAGCAUCUGAAAUAAAGCAAAUAAGAGGGGAUGCGGUGAAGGCGGAGUGGGGCCAACAAAUAAGGAACUAUGUGUUCCAUCCAUACAAGCUAGUGAAAGACGUUCGGACGGGCAUCGAAACCAGCGACAUCGUGUCUGUAAUGGAUGGAGAGUUGGAUCCCUUCAUUAAAUCCUUCCUCAAGCACAGGUACACCAUUUCCAUGUCCUCUGCUGGAGGCCAGAAUGAAUAGACUGUCUCUUGAUUCUCUUCUUGUUUGUGUAGCUACCUCUUUAUUAUUGAUAUAUACUUAGGUUCCCUUGCGCAGCUGAUCUGCAAGUUGAAAACUCACAAGUACCGAUGUAUUUAUUUGAUCACGCAAUGGUCCAUUACAUCAUUUCAAAUGGUGUAACAUCGUGACACCAGUGGUUUUGGGCACCUAGGAUGCUCCAUUUGUAAAAUUAAUAUUUUCCAUCUCCCAAAACCCCCACCCCAUUAAUUUCACCCCGACCCCACCCCAGCCCCCAUUGGAUCCCCGAU